AUGACUGAGGCUAAGCCGCGUCGAACUCGAUCGCUUGGUGGAUGCAAAACGUGUAAACGCCGACAUGUAAGAUGCGACCAGAACCGUCCGAUCUGCCAGACAUGCUCAGGGUUAGGACUGGCCUGUGAGGGCUUUUCCUACGAGAUGCUGUGGAUGCCAGCGAAGAAAGGGCAGACUUCUAGAAGGCCAUCAAAUGAAAAACGCGGUUAUCUGACUAGCCUCGGAAUAAGGCGUCAUUUAUAUUCCGAGCAGUAUAGGCGUUCUAUGGGAACCGUUAUCAGUAAAGGUCUUGUAUCUGGCUCCAUCGAGGCCUCUUUGGAGGAAAUCGAUCAGAGAUCGCAGGAACCCAGCUUUAUGUACAAAAAUGAGACGCGAGUGGGUCCUUUUGCAGUCCUCCAUUUUAAGAAAACAUCCUCUUCCGCUGGCGGACAUACAGGUCUUGCUCUGGAAAGGCCAAUGAAUUCUAUCCCUACACCUGAUUCAAAUCAUGGGAUUGGAGAAUCUGAUCUUUCCUCAUAUCCUGUUGACAUUCCAGGUUAUGCGGACGACCUGCUACAAUGGUCAGACCUAUUUGGUGAAGACUGCUAUGGCAUGUUUUCUGACCCUUCCUGCGACCCUGGAAAUCACUUUGACUUCUCUCAAUAUAAUGAUACGAAUCCUGGAACAGCUUUGCCACUUGAGGAUGCAUCACUCCAGUCCCUUCACUUUCCACAGACACUUCCCCCAAUCGACAUACUGUCGCAUGCUUCCUUCUUGCUAAAGAACUUCCAAAAGAAUAUUGUUCCUCAGAUGACUGUUGUCCCUCUUGCUAAAAGCCCGUGGAACAUUUUGAAUGUACCUGCAGCAUUGGUCACUUUGGGUGAACUGAUGAUUAUGGAAUCGGAAAGUGUCAGCCAUGCCCGACAGGCAAAUCUUUACAGUUUGCUAGCUUGUUCUGCUGUUCACUUGGCGAUGGAUUCGCCGACAGCAACGAUUGGCUCUUUCCCGAGGAAUCAUUGGAAGGAAGUUUCAGAGCAAGCUUAUCAAGAUGCGAAGACCCAUUUGAAAAUUUCCUUAAGCGAGGAAACAGCUGGUGCUAGAAAGGCGAAACUGAAGGAUCAGUUAAUGGCAAUAUACGGACUCACGGAAUUCGCGAUAUUCUCUGGUCAAUAUAUGGAUGCACGACGUUAUCUGGUUGACGCUGAACGGCUUUUGCGUUUUCGAGCACUAUCCAAACACAGGAUAUCUCAGAAGCUCCGUCUUCUGAUCAAUGUCUACGUAUGGCUUCGUCUUAUUGGAGAAAGCACAUACGUUCUGCAUAGCUACACCCCAACAGACUCAUUCAUCGACAACCUCAAUAUGCAUUGCGAAGUUCAAACACCUAAUUCUGGCGACAAAUUUACAGCAGAAAUUGCCGAGCGUGGGCGUCGGAUAGAUGACUUUCUCCAUCUUGAGAACUCCGAAGGCGACCUGAACAUCGAUGAACCAAAAGACCACAGAAUGGACGUUCCUGAUAUUCAUCUUCAUGACUCGCGAAAGUCGACUGGGAGUCUAUGCCAGCAGGUUUACGGGAUGCCUGAGACAAUGCUCAGUUUAGUCUCACAGACCACUCGGCUGGCAAAUGUCAUGGAAACCCUGCGCAACGCGCAGAGCUUAGAUAUUCCAAUCAGCAGUCAUGUUUGGAAGGCUUUAAGGCGACGCAGUACGCGUCUCGAAAACGUGAUAAACUGUUUCAGAAACCGAGACUUGAGUCUGGACAUUUGCAAAGAACAAACCUCACCUUAUGAACUCAUGGUACAGGCCUUGAACUCCUCUCUUGUGAUAUUCUUCUAUAGGAGGGUGAGACAGGUCCAUCCAGGGAUUCUCAGUGGCCAUGUUGACCACGUCAUUGCCGCAUUGCGAAUUUGGCUAUCUUUCGUGAAAGAAGGGUACCCUGUAGGUCUUGGGACUUUGUGGCCUAUGUUCAUUUCUGGGUGUGAAGCUACCACACAAGCACAGCGGUCCGCCAUCCUCGAUAUAGUUGAUCAGGCUGGGGCAAAGAGUAGGUUUGAGCCUUUCCAGACUGCUAAAGACAUCAUGUCUAAGCAGUGGAAGUUACAGGAUGAACAGCAAGCAUCUAACUUGGGUAAUCGUCUCUCGACUUGGGUUGAUAUUUUGAGAGAACAGAAAAUAUGGCCCAUGUUUUGCUAA